AUGGCACCUCCCAAGAUCACACUUUACUUUGACAUUAUCAGCCCAUUUGCAUAUAUUGCCUUCCAUGUGCUAAGGAACUCACCAACCUUUGCAAAGUGCGAGAUCAACUACGUGCCCAUCCUUCUGGGCGGGUUGAUCAACUUAUGCGACAACAAGGCACCCAUCAGUAUCAAGAAUAAAGACAAAUGGAUAAACGUGGAGCGCGCACGAUGGGCAAAAUAUUUCUCUGUCCCUAUCUGUGACAGCCCACCUGAGGGCUUCCCAGUGCGCACUCUGGCAGUUCAGCGGGCUCUCUGUGUUGUCUCGCAGAAGACCCCCACAAAGCUGCCCUCCGUCAUUGAGGCACUGUACCAUUCGUUCUGGGUUCAGUCAAACUCCAAGAUUGGUGAGCCUGCAGUGUUUGCGCAGGUCAUAGAGAGCGUACUCGGACAGGAGGAUACCAAGGAGGUCUUGUCUGCAAUGACACAGCCUGAGAUGAAAGCACUGCUGACCUCCAACACUGAUCAUGCCUUCAAGAUAGGCGCCUUUGGUAUCCCGUGGUUUGAAUGCACCAACACGGCAGGCCAGACUGAGGGGUUCUGGGGCAUUGAUCACUUGGGACAGGUGGUUGACUUCCUGGGGCUGGAUCGCAGCCGGGACCCAGGCUUUAGGGCAUUGCUGUGAAGGAGAAGAAGGCACAGGGGUAGGGGUAAUCACGAAGGAAGUGUAGGGGAAAUACUUCUGAGUGAAAUACCAAGGGAUCUGUAUAUGUUUGUGUCCGAACUGGCAAUAUCGACUUCAUGACAUCGUGAUUAUCAUCUCGUGAAUUCACCGACUGGCCCUUUUGAUAGUUGUAAACAGGGUAGAAAAUUAGGAAUUUAGUGAAUGGAGAAUAUAUGCAGGCUAU